AUGCUCGCUGCGGCAGGGCUGCUUAGUUUGGAGAAAAGUCUUUUUGCCACUUCAGCAUAUUCACUGCCUCAGUACUCUGCAGACUGGGCCCUGACGUCUCAGACGUCGGACGGUAUGGCGACCGACGGUGUACUUACAUCGCGAGAACAGUGUCCACAGACGCUGACCUGCAUGUCCUUCCUUCUUGCAAAGCGUAUCAAAUUUCACAUGAUUGCUCUGCAGGAGACCAAGUGCAGAAGGAGCGACGUACGACAGAUGAAUGACGGUACAUUCGUCAUUUGUGGAGAAAAGGUUCCGUCGCGAAAUGUAGGCGGUGUUGGUUUUCACCCAUCUGUCGUCCAUCUUGUCGAUAUUCACGAGAUCCUGUCGCUUCGUCUGGCCAUUCUUCGUCUCCGCCCUCUGCGCCAAAAACCCAUCAGCAUCAUCAACUGCUACUCACCAACAUCAGCAGUUGAUGAAUCCGAAUUGGACACGUUUUACGAGGAGCUGGAGGAAGUGAGCCACAACGAGAGGUCUUUCUACAAAUUCGUUGUUAGGGACAUCAACGCAAGACUAGGAAAGGCUACAGUAGAGGAAUACAAGAUCGGAAGAUUUGGACUAGGGGACUGGAAUGAUAAUGGCAAUCGUCUCACCGGGCUGUUCUCCUCCGCUCGCCUCUAUCAUGGGAGUUGUCUUUUCAUGGAGGAAGAUCAUCGUCGGUGGACGUGGGAAUCGCCCUCUAGUGUGACUCGUGCGGAGAUCGACCACAUUCUCACCAACUGGAGGUGGUGUCUACUUGACGUCUCCGUAUUACCAUCCUUUCGUUGUGGUUCUGAUCAUCGUCGUGCGAAAAUACGACCUAGCCACACGAUAGAAAAGAGCAUCCCCUAUCGGCAACGAAGGAAAAAAAUCGUCUACGACGAUUGCGUACUCGAGGACUCCCUGUCCCAAGGUGAUUGGCACAUGGAGGAGGAACCAAAUGUGGACUACGAGCUGCCACUCAGAGGACUGCGAGCUUGCGCUGAACGUGCCUCAUAG